AUGAAGCCCGCCCCAGCAGGCCCCGCCGCCGAGGCCUGCAAAGGUGCAGGACAGGGCGACAAGAGCUGCCCCGUCUGCCAGGCCUGGGGAGAGGCCCCGGGCCCCGGCGCCAAGUCAGCGCCUGCGCCAGCGGCAGGGACCGGGCCCAAGCCCAGCGCGCCGACGACAGUCCCAGCACAGCAGAAAGCGCAGAGCACACCGCGACAGGCCCCCCGGCAGAAGGUCCUGGUGACGGGGGGAGGAGGAUACCUGGGCUUCAGCCUGGGCACCAGCCUGGCCAGCAGCGGCACUUCCGUCACCCUGCUCGACCUCCGCAGACCCCAGUGGGAGCUGCCUCCAGGGACCGAGUUCAUCCAGGCCGACGUGAGGGAUGAAGAAGCCCUGUACCGCGCCUUCGAAGGGGUGGACUGUGUCUUCCAUGUGGCAUCCUACGGCAUGUCUGGGGCUGAGAAGCUACAGAAAGAGCAGAUUGAGUCCAUAAAUGUCGGCGGCACCAAGCUAGUGAUCGAUGUCUGUGUCCGCCGCCGGGUUCCGCGGCUCGUCUACACCAGCACGGUCAACGUGGCCUUCGGCGGGAAGCCCAUCGAGCAGGGCGAUGAGGACUCAGUGCCGUACUUCCCCCUGGAGAAGCACACGGACCACUACUCCCGCACCAAAGCCAUCGCCGACCAGCUGACCCUCAUGGCCAACGGAACGCCGCUCCCUGGAGGAGGCAUUCUGCGCACGUGUGUGCUCCGGCCCCCCGGGAUUUACGGUCCUGAGGAGCAGAGGCACCUGCCCCGGGUGGCGGGCCACAUCAAGAAGAGACUCUUCCUGUUCCGAUUCGGGGACCGCCGGACGCGCAUGAACUGGGUCCACGUGCACAACCUGGUGCGCGCGCACGUGCUGGCGGCCGAGGCGCUGACGGCCGCCAAGGCCCACGUGGCCAGUGGACAGGCGUACUACAUCAAUGACGGGGAGAGCGUCAACCUCUUCGAGUGGAUGGCCCCGCUGUUUGAGAAGCUGGGGUACAGCCAGCCCUGGCUGCAGGUGCCUACGUCCUGGGUCUACCUGACAGCCACCCUGAUGGAGGGUCUGCACCUCGCCCUGAGGCCCCUCUUCAGCCUCCCGCCGCUGCUCACCCGGAGUGAGGUGUGCAGCGUGGCCGUGACGCACACCUUCCGGAUCGCCAAGGCCCGGACCCAGCUCGGCUACGAGCCUGACCAGUUCAGCUUCGCAGACGUGGUGGAGCGCUACGUGCAGUCCACGCGCGGGCGGCGCCGCGGCUCCACGGCGCGGACGCUCCUGCUGCUGCUGCUCGGGCUCCUGCUGCUCCUGGGCCUGCUCGCCCUGGCCCUGCACUUCCUAGACCUGCAGCCGGCCGUCUUCUGA